CACAGGGAUCGAACUCAGGACCUUGCACUCGCAAGACAGGCACAGUGCCACUGAGCUACAUUCCGGCCUGUCAGUCAAUUACACUUCAUAGCUAAGGCAAACACCGAUGGAGAGUGAAAGGAACACUGACCACUGAAUCGGGGGAGAGGACAAGUGCUGGGCAGCACCGUGCAGCUGGGCCUGCACUGCUUUCCACUGAUGGUGCUGGCUCAGCCUCCACUACUGCUCUCCUUCACUCACCACUCUUCAUAACAUGGGCUGCGUGAAAUCAAAGCAAACUUUCCCAUUUUCUACCAACUUGGAGACCGACAGGCAGUGUGGGAGUGAAGAAAGCUUUAUGCCAGAAGAGAGGUUACGCAGACGGUCUUCUCCAUGUAAAGCCCAAGGGGACACGAAGGCACAGCCAGGGGUCAGCACCGCCGUCACGGAGUAUGCAGACUGCCUGUCCUGGGAGAUUCUGCACGAUGCCUUGCAGCAGUGGGCACGCAACAACAUCAAGUACCAUGACAUCCCCUACAUUGAGAGCGAGGGCCCCUGAGCCCACAGGGUGCGGCACUUUGCUGAGCUGCAGUCAGUCGGUGCGAGUAUAAAUACACGAACCAAAAGCAAAACCGUGUCAGUGCAUGGAAAAACAUGUAUGGUCAUGUUCCUAGCGCAGGAAAAGCUCAGAUGAAGUAAGCAGCUCUGUGUCAUGGCUGUGUGGGUCUGCUUGCUCCUGGAUCUAGUUGUGGAAGGGCUGCAUGGGGGACCUGUGGCACCCAGUACGCAGAUGUAUGUCGCACCUCUUUCAUCCAACACAGUAAAGAAAACAC